ACAAUUCCAUUAGCAGCAUUAAAAUCUGUCUUUUAUGCACUAGAUCAAAUUUUUAAGAAAAAUGAUAUAACAAGUUAUUUGAAAACAAAGCUUCACUUACCCGCGUGUUUACAUCAAUUAACGAUUAAUUGUGAACCUCACAAAGUCAAGUGAUCCAGCACCCUGAUUCUAUUUCCUCUUUCAAAAGGAGACCCUGAAAUCGGAAUUUUCACAAGGUGCCGGGAGGGUCCGGUUCAGAAGGGUUCCACUGUAUUAAUUUUCUCAGAAGUUCAAACAUGUAAUUGAUAAUGACUAAUAUUAAAAAUUAGUGCCCUGUGUACAUGUAGGUUAUACUAAUUGAUAUCAGAUUUGGCACAGUUCAGCUUUUAACACUAUACAUCAAAAUGCGAUCAUCAGUCACAUACAAUGAGUCGUUUAGUGGGAUUUAUAGUCAGAUUUCUCGCUUACUUCAUAUUCUCGUGAUAUUUCGAAACGAAUAUUGCUAAGUUUGAUCACAACUGAACCAGUGCCUGCGGCUGGUUCACUGAAGCAGACCGUUCAAAACAGUUAGAAGAAACACUUAAUAUGUUUAAUGCAGAGCACAGAAAGAUGCUUAAAUAUGGAGUGGGACGUAAUGCAGAUAUACACAAAGCAUUUCGGACAGACACACGUGUUAACCCACUGAGCGAGAUGCUGAAGAAAGGCUUACAAAAACUGAAAAUAGAAGGGCGUUUAAGGACCACGUUAAGCAAGCUUCCACCAAAUGUUUUGGGUGCCAUCGAACUGCAUGCUCAUGAUCGCAGAGCGAUGCUUACCUAUGGAGUGGGAAGUAAUGCAGACAUACACUAAGCAAUUCGGACAGACACACGUGUUGAUCCACUGAGCGAGUUAUUCAACAAGAACUUACGAACACUGAAACUAGAAGGACGUCUAAAGACCACGCUAAGCAAGCUUCCACAAACUGUUUUGGAUGCCAUCGAACUGCAUGCUCAUGAUGCUGAUGUUUAAUGUUGAGCUUACAGACGUGGCAAAUCAAGUCUCCGCGCUAGCUGAGGUCUCCAAUCAAAUCCACCUUCGCCCAAUUACAGCACUCGAAGACAGGGCGACCAAUAGACAGACGCUUGUCCUUGUUGUGAACCAGGCCUGCGAGGCCGGCAAGCAUUUGGACCGAGUUCGGAAGUGGCUGCCGGGAUGCACCAUAGUGGAGGCGAACAUAUGGGAUUGUGAAUGUUUCAUGGAGAAAACCGGAAAAUUGACAGAAUGCCUCAACUGUUUAGAGCACAUGGAGGCCAAAAACGCCUACUUGAGGAGGAACUAUGGAGGGCGUGGAUGUGGAGGAAUGUCUAGCCCGAGCUGCCUAAUUUCGACAUCAAGGAAUGCCAGUCAAAUUGCAACAAAUAUCGUAAAAUUGACCAACAAUUGACGACCAAGCGCCUUGCAGUGCGUAAUAUUCUAAAUGAAUACAACGCCCUUCACAAGAAAGCGCUUUUGUAUGGCCUGUCGGAAGACUCAAACGAAUUGACGCCAACCGUGGACUGUGGGAAAGCGAUGGAAAUCACUGAACACACAGACAAGUAUUGGAGGACAGGAAUUCGUAGGAUAUUCAGACUUUAAACGGCGCAUAAGGGUGUGUUGAGUAAUUGGAAAUUAAAAAAAAAUCGAACGUGGCCCCAAAAGUUUGUGUGAUUUAGUUACAUGAAAACUUACAUUUCUAAAGCAUGUUUACAACGUCUAAAAGUACUCGAAUGGAAUGGCAAUCAUUUUUUUAAAUUUAAAACAUAAAUGACAACAAAUGAAAUUUGAAACAGCGAAACGUGAAACUGCCACCUAUCUGUCAGUUCCACAGGUAUCCGUCACUAAGGCAGGAAAUGUAUAUACACUACCGUAUAUUGUUUUUGUUAUGCAGCAUGAUAUUUUUCAACUGUUUUCUGUAUGAAAGGGCUAUUCGUGGUAUGUCUUCUAUAAGGGUAAUAUUGUUACUUGCGUCGUAUUUCGUCGACAAUAUCUGCCAUCAGGGUUAAACAUAUGUGAUACAUCAUGUAAUAUUCCCACCUACCCCGAGUAUUUUGAAAACUGCAGUUUAUCUCUUUUACGAUGAUGACCCUUAGUACCAAAAGCUUAUUUCUGUCUGCAAAUUGACAUAUACGAGCUACUUAUUUGGCAAAUUUAAGUUAACAAUCAGCAACAUGAAACUUUAUGCUGGCAUUCUUCGGCGGGAUCCACAGAUUAAGCAGUCGCCUUAUAUCAUUAAACAAAUACUAUUGACGAAUUGUACUUUCUGUCAAGCGUGUUUAUCGUUCUAUCAUCCAUUUUUUUCCAUUUUAGUGUGGUUUAGUUUAAAAAAAAUAUUAUAUUGGAAAAUGCAAUGUUUAUGUAAUAAAAGGUAUUUUUGUGUAGAAACUUUGAUGUAUGCACCAUUUUUAUAUCUCUUUGGUGUAAUUGUGAUAUGCUUUUAUAAUUUUCAUAAAGGGAGAUAUUGUAAACAAG